GCAUAAAAAGACAUCCCGCCUCUGUGAUGCGUUUGCCUGGUACCAUCAAGUCUUAUUAGACAUGAGCAGUUGGCGGAGCUUGGUGUUGCGUAUCGGCGAGAAGUGCCCAGAGUACGCCGGAAACCACGACCCCAAAGACCAAAUUGAGGCUUGUUUUGGUUUUGUGCGCAGAGAAUUGGAGCAUUAUGGUCAAGAUAUUCUGCUGUUUGUUCUCCAGUGUGCUGAGCAAUUGCCUCACAAGAUUCCACUCUAUGGAACUUUGGUUGGUUUACUAAAUUUGGAGAAUGAGGCAUUUGUCAAAAAAUUAGUGGAGACUACUUGUAGUAAUUUGCAGGAUGCCUUGGAAUCUGGAAAUUGCAAUUCAAUCCGAAUAUUACUGAGGUUUCUGACUGUGUUGAUGUGCAGCAAAGUAAUUCACUCCAGUUCUUUAGUUGUUGUUUUUGAAACACUAUUGUCAUCAGCAGCAACAACAGUGGACGAGGAGAAAGGAAAUCCGUCUUGGCAAGCACGUGCUGACUUUUAUAUAAUGUGCAUUUUAGCUUGUCUUCCAUGGGGUGGAGCCGAGCUUGUAGAGCAAGUUCCUGAGGAGAUUGAAAGAGUAAUGGUUGGCAUUGAAGCUUACUUGAGCAUUCGCAGACAUGUUUCGGACUCACGGUUUUCUGUUUUUCGGGCCAUUGAUGAUGCUGACAAUCAUCAAAAUGAGAAGGAUUUCUUGGAGGAUCUCUGGGAACGAGUUCAAGACCUCUCCAACAAAGAAUGGAAAGUCGAUAGCGUUCCUAGGCCGCAUCUUUCUUUUGAGGCACAGCUUGUUGCUGGGAAAUCCCAUGACUUUGGUCCCAUUAGCUGUCCUGAACAACCUCGAGCACUCUAUGGAAUUACUCCUGGUAGACAGAAGCAUGAAGCUGAUUCAAAGUAUCCUCAGAGGAUUCGGAGACUCAAUAUAUUUCCUGCAAGCAAGUUUGAGGAUAUUCAGCCAAUUGAUCGUUUUGUUGUUGAAGAGUAUUUGCUGGAUGUGCUCUUUUUCCUUAAUGGCUGUCGAAAGGAGUGUGCUUCUUACAUGGUUGGGCUGCCUGUGCCUUUUCGCUACGAAUAUCUUAUGGCAGAGACAAUAUUUUCUCAGCUGCUUCUCUUACCUGAACCUCCAUUCAAACCAAUAUACUACACGUUGGUCAUCAUUGAUUUAUGCAAGGCUCUUCCAGGGGCCUUUCCUGCUGUCAUUGCAGGAGCUGUACGUACUCUUUUCGAUAAAAUAGCAGAUUUAGAUAUGGAGUGCAGAACACGUCUCAUCCUAUGGUUCUCACAUCAUUUAUCAAACUUUCAAUUUAUAUGGCCAUGGGAAGAAUGGGCUUAUGUGUUAAGUCUCCCGAAAUGGGCUCCACAACGUGUUUUUGUUCAAGAGGUUUUAGAAAGGGAAGUCCGUCUUUCAUAUUGGGACAAAAUCAAGCAGAGUAUAGAGAGUACACCUGCUCUGGAGGAUUUGCUUCCUCCCAAAGGAGGGGCUGAUUUCAAAUACAGUGUGGAUGAUGGUACAAAUCAUGCAGGCCACACCCUCUCUGUAGAGCUCAGUGGUAUGGUUAAAGGACGGAAAACUGCUCGUGAGAUUAUAUCUUGGAUGGAUGAUAAUGUACUUCCGGUUCACGGUUUGGAGAUUACCUGCACAGUUAUUAUUCAGACCCUUCUUGACAUUGGAUCAAAAAGCUUUACUCAUCUGAUAACUGUCUUGGAAAGAUAUGGCCAAGUCAUCGCUAAAAUUUGUACUGACGAGGACAAACAAGUUAUGUUUAUCACUGAACUGAGUUCUUACUGGAAAAGUAAUGGUCAGAUGACAGCAAUUGCCAUUGAUCGAAUGAUGGGUUACCGGCUCAUAUCUAACCUGGCCAUUGUGAGAUGGGUUUUCUCCUCAGAAAAUGUGGAUCAGUUUCAUACCUCUGACCGCCCUUGGGAGAUUCUUAGAAAUACUGUCAGUAAGACAUACAAUCGGAUUUGUGAUUUGAGGAAUGAAAUUUCAACCCUCAAGAAAACUCUAAUGUUGGCUGAAGAUGCUGUUUCCAAAUCCCUGUUAGACUUGGAAGAAGCUGAGUCUAAGCUGACUCUCUUGGACGGUGAACCCGUUGUUGGUGAAAGCCCUGCCAAAAUGAAGCGAGUUAAAGCAAAUGCUGAAAAAGCCAAAGAUGAGGAGCUAUCCACUCGUGAGUCUCUAGAGGCAAAAGAAGCUCUUUUAGCUAGAGCAGUUGACGAAAAUGAGGCAUUGUUCCUUUGCUUGUACCAAAACUUCUCAACUGUCUUGGCAGAACCACUUCAUAAUGCAUUUGCAGAUGGAACCUUGCGGUCCUCGGGUCAGGCAGAAGAAAUGACUAUAGAUCUUGAAGAUUCUUGUGCAAUGGAAGUGGACAAAGAUGAUGAAAGACCAAAUAAGAGUCUUCCGAAUGGAGGCAAGACUGAAUAUUGUCUCGAUGAAAAAAAGCAAUGGUGUUAUUCUACUCUCGGUUAUCUCAAGGCAUUUACUAGGCAAUACUCUUCUGAGAUAUGGCCACUUGUUGAGAAGUUGGAGGCCUCUGUACUGACUGAAGAUGCUCACCCCCUUUUCCGAAAAGCCAUUUACUGUGGCCUGGGAAGACCUGCAAAUGACCUUUAAUUUUGUCACAAUAUCUUAUAUUUUGUUUUGUUGUUUCUCGGACAUUUUCUUAGGAUCUGUCUUGGUUGCCAAAAGACGAGACAAAUGCAUUGUAAGAUUGCUGAUUCGGUUCAGUCCAUCAUACAAAUGGUUGAAUGGGGAGGUGUUUAUUUGUUUAAAGAAUUAUUUUAGCUGUUUAAAAAGUCACUUUUGCUGUCAUAGUAGUAGUAAGAGCGAAUUUGUAACUGUUUUGAAUUUACAUUGUCUUGAGGAUUGUUAAAUUUAAUUCAACAAUACCCCAAGUUAGGCAACGGGAGAUGACGAUUUUAGAUAAAUUUCAUGCUUGUAUGGGAGGAAGGAUUGCAGAAGGAAGAGUUUUGAUAAAUUUUA